AACACUCUAAUUGCGUUUACUUUGUUAUCACACCGUCAACAACAAACACACACACACACCGCUUAAAUUAAAAACGUCCAACACCCUAGGGAUUUUCGCCGCUUCAUGUUGCCCCGGUUCAAAUCUCCCCGCGCGGCUAACGUCAUUGUUGUGAUUCACCAAAAUCACCUCAUUAACCGAAAUGACUCACCCUAACGAGUAUUUAUUAAAAUACACGGCGAUAUACAGGUGCUCGGAUGAUAUCACCAACUUAAAAAUAAGGAUCAAGCUCCGCCAAGUGGAAAGUUUCGACGACGAUUCGCCCCAAUGGGACACGAAGACGUUCGUCUGGCAACAGAAAGUCUUCAGCAAAAGCGAAAUCGAAUUCUACAAAGACGAGAAAAAUUGCGUCACGGAUUUGGAGAAGAAGUACCACUUGGACGUGGUGAAGUUAGCGCCGGAUGCGAAAUGGAGCUUAUUUUCGUAUGUCAACGACGACGAUUUUGUGAUUAGGGAAGAAAUUAAUAAUUAUUUUCAAAAAACGGAGGAGGAUGAAGAGUAUGAUUAUAGGAGGUCGGUGGAGGGGGCGGUUCGAAGUCCCGUUGGUCGCAAUUAUGAGUACGACGCCAUGUUUAUAAUGGCGGAUUUUGGAGAGUACGUGGAUGCGGCUUGGAUUAAGUACGAGAAGGUGUUGUGUGUGGUCAAGUAUGAUAAAAAGUAUAAGGUUAUGUGUGUGUAUCCUGAUUUUACGCAGUACCAACCUUACAAUUUGAAAAUUGAUGGAACCACCAGUCGGAAGUUUCAGUAUUUUGUCGAAAACGUGUCAACGGCGAUGCCUGAAGAUGACCAGUAUAAAGAAACCGAACUUAUCAGAAAACUUAAUAGUCACAAAUUGGAAGUGAUUAAGCACCUCGACUCGAAUUUCCACCUACCACCAAAAAACAAACUCCAAAUUUAUCUAUUUUUUGAAAUUCUUUGGGCUAAAGAGUUCGAAUAUGACACUGUUUACGUCCAGUAUUUCAUCGAUUUGCCGCCAGAGUGGACCUGCGUCGACAAAAAGCAGCUCCAGGGAAUCACCCAAACCUGUCACACUAAAGGCGAAGACAACGUGGCGCACUUCGGUCACGUUUUUGACGUCACCCUUGACUACAAUAUUGAAGGCUUGGCCAAAAAAAUCCCCAAAAGUCCCUACAUUUACUUCGAGAUUAUUUCCAAGGACACUUGGAGUCGUUACCGCACCGAAGGCCUAACUUACAAGAACUUGCCAGUCGCCAAACCCGGAAACUACCGAUUCGAGCUGCAAUGCUUCCGGUUAAUCCCCGACAGCAUUUCCGGGCAGCUGAGACGCUUCUUCGUCGGUGACUGUUCCAACUACAAUGACAUCACGUGGAUUGGUUUACCCAAAGAUUACGACGGUUUUUUUCUCAAUAAGUAUGGUACUAAUACGGUUGGUACUGGCCAGAUCGGGAUUCGCGUAAACGUCAUUCAGCAAAGUCAGGCGUUUUUGGAGCAAUCUAGGGAUAGUAAAGACGAAAGUUUGGAUAUUUUUGAGAAAUUGAAUUCCUCGAGUUUGGUCAAGAGUGUGGAACAAGUGUUGCAGGCGUUUAAGCGCGCUCGAAAAAAUAUGAUUGCGGCAAGAAAAAAUCUAUGAUUGGA